AGAGAAGUGAGAAAAGGAAUUGUGUUCGACAGUUUUAGAAUUUAAAAUGAGGAGAUCCUGAGAGAGGAUAAAGGUUGUGGGAGAGGACAUAUUUUUCUUUUUAGGUUUAAAUAUACAAAAGGGUAUAAUCAUAAAGACUUUUGAAGGGGUUUAGGUUAUGCGCCAAAAUUUGGUUUUAUAUUCGAUUUUCGGUUUUCUACUAUCCAAAACCAAAUCCAUAUUAAAUUUUUUUUUUCCAAACUAUAACAAUUCAAAAAAAAAAAAAAAAAAAAAACUAAAUCGAAUUACUAAUUUAUAUUGAUCUUCAAUUCGCUUCAAUUUUAAUUUGAAAAAUUUUCACCCUUACUUUCUAGGGAGAAACAAGAGAACCAGAUAAAACCCCUACUAAAUUGUUGAAAGUGUGUUCACAUUAAAAAAAAAAAAAAAAAAACAAGAAAAAAAAAAAAGAGGAAGGAAGAACUUGCUUCCUUGAUAAGAGUAUUGAAUGUUUGAAAAGAGGACCAGUCAACCCCGAAUCUUCCACUUCACAUUCACUAAAAACGCGUUUGAGUAACCCCGCCAGCCAACCCAUUAUUAUUACAGUCAAAACCUCGCAACAACAACAUCAACUCUUCAUUCCAUUACUUUGUACAUUCAAAAAGUCCAACCUACCCCACCUCUUCUUUCAAUUUUAAUCCCUAGAAAACCCUUGAUUUCUUGCAAAUAUUUUUUUUUUUUUGAUUUGGGUUUUUUUUUAAUCUAUUAAAAAGCCUUGUUCUUGCUGCUUUUUUCAACUUAUCUGAGCUCAAUCCUGUUCAAAAAUGGCAAAAUCUGAUGCAUUAAUCACUACAUUAAGCAAUGCAAUCCAAGCAGUUGGAAGAGGGUUUGAUGUUACUUCAGAUAUUCGAUUGUUAUACUGUAAAGGGGCACCUGGGUCUCGAUUAAUUCAUAUUGAUGAAGAUCAUAAAAGGGAUAUUUUGAUCUCUGAUGAUGUUGUUCUUCCUAAUGUUUCUGUUGAUAUUGAGUAUUCUCCUGGGAAAAAGGCUUGGGAAGCUACUCCUGUUUGUAACUUUCAUGAGAUGUCAGAGCAUUUCAAUAAGAAGUCAGGAUUGACUGGAAGUAUACCCCUUGGAAGCUUUAAUGCCAUGUUUAAUUUUAGUGGUAAUUGGCAAGCUGACGCAGCAGCUACUAAAUCCCUUGCAAUGCUGGGCUAUUUCAUACCCUUGUACAAACUUCAAUUGAAAUCGCAAUUAGCUUUGAAGGAUGAAAUUAAAGCUGCAGUUCCUUACACCUGGGAUCCUCCUGCUCUGGCAAGUUUUAUUGAAAAUUUUGGUACCCAUGUUGUUAAAUCGACAACCAUUGGUGGGCGGGAUGUAGUUUAUGUCCGACAAGACCAAUCAUCACUUUUGUCGGCAUCAGAUAUUGAGAAUUAUAUGAAAGACAUUGGGGAUCAGAGAUUUACAGACUUGAGAGGCCAGCCUAAUGCUCCCCCUCUGAAAUACAAGGACAAGGAUGUUACUGUUAUUUUUAGAAGAAGAGGAGGCGACGAUCUUGAACAGAGUUCCAUCAAGUGGGCAGAGACUGUCUACUUAUCACCGGAUGUAAUUGACAUGACUUUUGAACCUAUAGUCUCUCUUCUUGAAGGAGUACCUGGUCUUAAACAUUUAGCCCAUGCUAUUGAGCUCUAUUUGGAGUACAAGCCACCUCUUGAAGAUCUACAGUACUUUUUAGAAUUUCAAAUACCUCGAGUCUGGGCACCUGAACAAAGCAAUCUGCAAAGAAAAGAGCCUGUUUGUCAAUCACUUCAUUUCAGCUGGAUGGGUCCCAAACUUUAUAUCAGCCCUGAGCAGGUAACAGUUGGGCGUAAACCAGUAACUGGUCUGAGGCUUAGCCUUGAAGGUGCCAAGCAAAAUCGGCUUGCUAUCCAUCUCCAGCACCUAGUUUCACUCCCGAAAAUCCUCCAACCCCAUUGGGAUUCCCACAUGGCUAUUGGUGCACAAAAAUGGCAAGGACCUGAGGAACAAGAUAGCCGUUGGUUUGAACCUAUUAAAUGGAAGCACUUCUCUCAUGUCAGCACUGCUCCUAUAGAAUAUAAAGAGACUUGCAUUGUCGAUCUUUCUGGUGUACAUAUUGUAACAGGAGCCCAACUUGGAGUUUGGGAUUUUGGUGCUAAAAGCGUGCUGUAUCUCAAACUCCUGUUUUCAAAGGUACCUGGUUGCACCAUAAGACGAUCUGUAUGGGACCAUACCCCUUUAAAUUUUACUGCUUUGCAUAAAGCAGAUGGUACUUUAUCUAAUGAACAAACUCCAGAAGAUAAGAGAUUAGACAGCGGCAGUGCUGCAGCAAAGCUUGCAAAACUAGUAGACUCGACAGAGAUGUUAAAAGGGCCACAAGAUUCACCUGGUCACUGGUUAGUAACCGGUGCCAAGCUUGGCGUGGAUAAAGGGAAAAUUGUUUUGAGGGCCAAAUAUUCCCUUUUGAAUUAUUGAUCAUUUGUGGUGUUGGUUGUUUAUUUCUUAGUCAAAUUGAAGCUCCAUCAUUUUUUGUAGUCUUAGUCAACUGGAUCUGAUUGAUUGUAUAUUCAUGUAAUAAGUGAUGUGUUCUCAAUUGUCAAGCUUUAUUUGUAUUUCUUUUGUUUUAUUAGGGUUUACAAAUUAGAAGUAGUGAUGUUGCUACUCUAGAGCCUCUUUUCUUUUGGUUCAGGGUAUUCCUUGGAAAAAAGAGGACUUGGUUGUUAAGUGCCUGUUGGUGCUGCAAAUAAUGUAUAGGUUUCCGCUGAAUGU